AUGACUCUGACUCGUCGUGCUAAAUUCCAAGUAUCGUCAUGCUGCAGCACCUCUUCCAAUGACGCAGAAGACGAUGAUUCCUGGUCUCCCUCGGAUGACGGCUGUGGCGAAGAGACGAUUGGCGACGACGCAUCCACAACCCAUACACUGAAGAAGAAAUCGAAAUACGAGAUCUCGAGCAAUGCCAGUACAAAGAAGGAAUGCCACAAAGUUUGGUUACAACAUCUCCAGCAACAUGGAACCUCAGAGCUACCCAAGAAACCAUGGUUGAAGACUCCUUGCAUGAUACUGAACAGCAAACAACAGCACCUGCAAGUCUGUGGUAAGACAUUCAGUAUUCAAAACAUAAUGAUGCACGGUUCCAACAGUUCCACAAAAGCCAGUGUCACAGAUGCGAUCGAUUCAAUUUGCCGCACACCAGACUGCAUUGCCACAGACCACUAUCGCUGGAUGCAUUGGCGUGAACGAAAUUCCAGAAAGUCUUGUGGUCGGAGGGUGGUUUGCUCGACAUGCCAUGCUAAAAUCCCUUUUCCCUGUGUGCACAAGCCCCCUUGUGAAUGGGGAAUUAUGUCCAAAGGAAACUGCACCAACUGCUGUCACCAGAAGAAGGUUGGAAAGCAGCAGCAAGUAAUGGAACAUGAAACUCUACCGGUAGGAUUUGAAUGUUCACGGACAGGACCAACAACCCUCCCAGAUAAAAAUAAUGAACUGAAAACAGAGAGCCGCAAAGUUUGGAUCGAACUCACUCGAAAGCACGGAACUACAAAACUUCCAAAGAAACGUUGGAUGAAAACUCCUUGCACAAAAUUGAACAGGACACAAAAGACAGCUGUGGUUUGUGGGAAGCAAUUCCGGGUUCCACGAAUUAUGAUGAUGGGCACCCACGGUCCCGUCCGUCGAUUGCACAAGUAUACCAUUGAUUCUAUAUGCCGCACACCUGGCUGUAUCAUUCCUGGUCAUCAUUCCUGGAUGUCCACAGACGAAAAGGUUUCCCGAAAGUUUUGUGCUGGGAUUGUCAUGUGCCAGUCCUGUCACCUGGAAAUGCCUCUUCCCUGCUCUCAUGAUCCCCCUUGUGUGUGGAGAGUUGUGUCAAAAGACGCAUGUUCUGCCUGCUCAAAGACAAAAAGUUGA